AACUUUUCCAUCUCCAAAGUCCUCAGCUCAACUAUAAAUUCUAGUUUUUCAACCGCACAAAAUGCAUUGCUCGCCAAGACAAUGGCCAGGUCAAAGCUUCUCCUCACUUUCUUUCAAGUUACUCUUGUUCUCUCCGUGUUAGGCUUAGCUAACGCAUACAGCCUAAAACUUGAUUAUUACAAAAAAUCAUGCCCCUCUGCCAAGCACAUAGCCAAAGCCAUAACCAAAAACUAUAUUUCCGGGCACCAAUUCCACGAUUGCUUUGUUCGGGGAUGCGAUGGUUCCGUUCUACUGAACUCCACCCAACACAACAUAGCUGAGAGAGAUGCAAGCCCCAACCUUAGCCUUAGAGGAUUUCAAAUUGGUGGACCCUAUUGGCCAGUCCCCUUGGGACGCAGAGAUGGGAGAGUGUCAAUUGCUUCAGAGGCCUUUACUAAUUUGCCUUCUCCUUCUUUCAACAUAACACAACUAAAAGCAUCAUUUGCCUCCAAGGGCUUAAGUGAUAAAGACCUUGUAGUUCUAUCGGGAGGACACACUAUAGGAAUUGCUCAUUGCCCAGCUUUCUCAGACCGCUUGUACAAUUUCAGUGGGCAAGGUGGUACUGAUCCAACGAUGGACCAAAACUACAUUGUUGCGUUGAAGAAAAAAUGCCAGCCAGGGGACAGCACUACACUUGUAGAGAUGGAUCCUGGAAGCUACAAAACAUUUGACGCACAUUACUACACUCUUGUUAGCAAAAGAAGAGGUCUAUUUCAAUCCGAUGCGGCUCUUCUCACAGACAGCGCCACCAAUGCUUACGUGCACCUCCAGGCAACCACAGACGAGUCCAUGGUGAAAAUGGGUCAAAUCGGCGUGCUUACCGGCUCUUCCGGUGAAAUCCGAAAGCAAUGUUCCACCAUCAACUAA